AACGGUAAUUUUUUAUUUUGACACCCGUAAGAGUUUUCAGGGAUUUGCAUUUUAGGGAUUGACUUCGGAUGCAAGCAAUGGAGGAGACUGCCGUACAAGAAGAGCACCUCGAUGUUCUCAGUCAAGACGGUCAAAAAACCGGCGUCUCCAAACCCAGGGGAGCUGUUCAUCGAGAUGGAGAUUACCAUCGAGCGGUCCAUGUGUGGAUUUUCGCGGAGAGGACACAGCAAUUGCUUCUCCAACGACGUGCCGAUUGCAAGGAUUCGUGGCCUGGGAAGUGGGAUAUAUCCAGUGCUGGUCAUAUUUCUGCGGGUGAUUCAUCACUCGUAACUGCACAGAGGGAGCUUCAAGAAGAACUAGGCAUCUCCCUUCCAAAAGAUGCAUUUGAGCCGAUAUUUGUUUUUCUUCAAGAGUGCGUCAUAAAUGAUGGAAAAUUCAUCAAUAAUGAGUACAAUGAUGUUUACCUAGUGACAACACUUGACCCAAUUCCUUCAGAGGCAUUCACUCUCCAGGAAACAGAAGUCUCUGCUGUCAACUAUAUCUUUUUCAAGGAAUACAAAAGCUUGCUUGCUAAAUCAGAUCCUGACUACGUCCCCUAUGAUGUUAGUGGACAAUACGGUCUACUCUUUGACAUAAUUAUGAAAAGGUACACCAAGAACUCAAUGGAACGCCAUUUGGCUCUUCAAAAGCAACUUGGUCGAUAUGCUCCUGUUUCCCUCACUGCAGAGGUUUUCAAUUUAACUGGGCUAUCAGAUGCCGAGAAGGAGGCUCUGGUUUUACUUGUAAAGGCUGCAAGAAUUAUGGAUAAUAUCUUUUACCUUCAGGUUUGGUACAGCAAUCCAGCUUUAAGAGACUGGUUGAAAAAGCAUGCCGAUGUAUCAGAAUUAGACAAGCUGAAAUGGAUGUAUUACUUAAUAAACAAGAGUCCAUGGUCCUGCCUUGAUGAAAAUGAGCCGUUUCUGACAACUGCAGAUUCUGCUGUAAAGUUGCUUCCAGAAGCUGCAAAGCAAAUUACUGGUUGGAAGGGUCUGGAAUACAAAGCUGCAUUUCCAAUGAAGAAACCACCUGGUGCAAACUUCUACCCACCUGACAUGGACAAAAUGGAAUUUAACAAAUGGAAGGGCAGUCUAACAGAUGAUCAACAGCGUGAUGCAACAGGAUAUUUCAAUGUUAUCAAAAGGCACAGUCAGGAGAACAUUCUUUCUCAUCAUUUAAUUGAUGGGCUGACCGAUUCAACAGGGUCCCAUGAUUUAUAUAUUGUUCCCUUCUCCCAAGAGUAUAAUUCUUUCCUCGUGAAAGCUGCUGAGCUAUUACAUAAAGCUGGAGACCUUGCCAGCUCACCCAGUUUGAAGAGGUUGCUGCAUAGCAAGGCCAAAUCCUUUCUUUCGAAUGAUUAUUAUGAAUCAGAUAUAGCAUGGAUGGAAUUGGAUUCUAAGCUGGAUGUUACCAUCGGUCCCUAUGAGACAUACGAAGAUUCACUUUUUGGGUACAAGGCAACCUUUGAAGCAUUUAUUGGAAUUCGUGAUGAUGUGGCGACUGCACAAGUUAAACUCUUUGGUGAUAAUUUGCAGUUGUUGGAGAAAAAUCUACCCAUGGAAAGUGUGUACAAAUCAGAAGAUAUUGUUGCUGCUCCUAUUCGCGUUGUCAAUCUUGUUUAUGCUGCGGGGGAUGUAAAGGGCCCUCAGACUGUUGCCUUCAAUUUGCCAAAUGAUGAGCGUAUAGUAAAAGAUCGAGGAACAUGUAUGGUCAUGCUGAAGAACAUUUCUGAAGCAAAGUUCAGACAUAUUUUGGGGCCAAUAGCUAAUGCUUGUAUAAAUAAGGAACAACGGGAGCUUGUAGACUUUGAUUCUUUUUUCACUCACACUAUUUGCCAUGAGUGCUGCCAUGGGAUUGGGCCUCAUACCAUAACACUGCCAAAUGGUCAAAAGUCUACUGUCAGAUUGGAGCUGCAAGAACUCCAUUCAGCUCUUGAAGAGGCAAAAGCUGAUAUAGUUGGCCUUUGGGCACUCAAGUUUCUGAUCAGCCAGCAGGAUUUCCUUUCAAGGGAUUUGGUAGAGUCCAUGUAUGUUUCUUUCCUCGCAGGAUGUUUUCGCUCGAUACGAUUUGGUUUAGAAGAAGCUCAUGGGAAAGGACAAGCAUUGCAGUUCAAUUGGCUGUUUGAGAAAGGAGCCUUCAUUUGGCAUCCUGAUGAUACAUUUUCCGUGGAUUUUGCCAAGGUUGAAGAGGCAGUUGAAAGCCUGAGUAGGGAGAUACUCACCAUACAAGCAAAAGGUGAUAAAGAGGCAGCAAGAUUGCUGCUGGAGAAAUAUUGUACGAUGACACAGCCAUUGAAAGUUGCACUGCAAACAUUGGAAAAUAUUCAGGUGCCCGUGGACAUAGUUCCUUCAUAUACUGCGGUCAAUGAAAUGUUGGAUUGAACCUCCGAAUUGGGUACUCAGAGAAGAAGUUUGAAUCUCAUCGAUAGAACACCAAACAAAAUCAUUGACAACGUUGUUCUGCAAUUUGAUGGGAGUUUGUCCGUACAUGUGAUUUAGUUGAAUGACAAAAAUACUAUGUUGAUCGACUCGAACCUUGUUGUCUUUGUAACAUUUUAAUAAUAAUGUAACAUUUUGACGAA